UCGUUGUUAUGGCGAAAGCGCCGAAUGAGCCGCUGGCCACUUAUAAGUUGGUGGUUGUGGGCGACGGAGGCGUCGGGAAGUCGGCCUUGACGAUUCAGUUUUUCCAGAAACUGUUUGUCACGGAUUACGACCCGACUAUUGAAGACUCUUAUGUCCAACACGUGGACGUCGACGGCCAAUGGUGUGUCUUGGAUGUCUUGGACACGGCUGGCCAAGAAGAGUUCUCCGCAAUGAGAGAACAGUAUAUGAGAAAAGGCGACGCUUUUCUUCUCGUUUAUUCCGUUACAGACAUUCAGUCUUUCGCUAAUAUCAGACAUUUUUUUACUCAAAUUCUUCGCGUUAAAGACAGAGAUCAAUAUCCGAUGCUUUUGGCCGCCAAUAAAGUCGACCUUGUUCAUCUGAGACAAGUCACGGAAGACAUGGGACGCGAUCUGGCCGCUCAACUCAAGGUCCCGUACAUCGAGACGUCGGCCAAAGACCCGCCACUGAACGUUGAUUCGGCGUUUCACGAAAUCGUUCGAAUCGUUCGAAAUCAACCGCAAGAAGGACUCAAACGACGCAAACAUUGGUUUUCAAGAAGUCUCGGUUCUUCACGUCGUUCUCGUCGUCUUCGCCGUUGUCUUCUUCAAUGACCACAAUCCCGAAUGUCCGCCAUUCCGAUGUCUCGUCCGGAAUUCAAAGUCUAUUUCCGGUUCUGAACUUGAUUUCCGUCCGUUUUUGCGGCCAAUUAUUGACUAUAACUGAAUCGCCGAAAGGAAAGCCGUUUUUCGGCGGACAAAAGCGGUGUUUAGUGUUUGAGCUUAAGUUUUGUGUCAAAAAAUGAUUUUCGGUUUUCUCUUUUGACCGAAAAAUCC